CAGUCUUUUAUUCCUCUCUUUCGUUCUCUUCCAUACAUUCCUUCUGCUAAUUGUCUGUUUUCUUCCACACUCUUUUUUUUUUCUCGUUUCCGUUCGCUAUGCGUUCUUUCUUCUUGUCCUCUGCUCUGGCAGCUGGCCUCGCGCAGGCCUACACCGUGACAAAUGUCGACAUGUUCAUGCUCAAGAACAUUGACCCGCUGGUGGUUCCUGGCGAAUACACCAGCCAUAUGCACAGCUUCUUCGGCUCUGAUGCGAUUACUGCGCAUACCAACACCUCCGCCGAGCUACAGAAGGGCUGCUCUACUGCCCGGAACCCCAAUGACUUCUCUGCCUACUGGGUCCCUACUCUCUACCACGUCGACGGAUCGAACUACACCGCGAUAAAACCGUUCCGAUUCAGUGCCUACUACCAGGAGCUCGACAGCGCCGAGAUCCCUAUACCUCAGGACAUAAAGCUCCUUGCUGGCAAUGCCACCGCUACAUCCCUGGAGGGUGUGCCUAGCGACGCGGGAGUCCAAGUGUUCUGCGACGGCGAGCCCUUGGAGAAGGACAAGGAUGCCGUGGCUUUCCCGAGCAAGACCUGCAAGAACCACCUUCAAGUCUUAUUGCUUUUCCCCGACUGCUCUUCCAACACCACGCUCGAGUACGCCUACUCGUUCAACCCAGCUUACAGGGAGAACUACGGGGACAACCGCUGCCCGAUCGGGAUGUAUCGUAUGCCCCGUCUCCGCUACUCCAUCCGGUAUGACCUGCGCCAGAUCCUCCCUGACGGCUGGUCCGGCACUCCUCCGCUUGAAUUUGCCUGCGGUUCUUCCUACUGCUUCCACGGCGACUUCAUCAACGGAUGGCUCCCCGAGGCGGCCGAGUACAUGGCCAAGGACGCGUCCUCUAACGACCGCGACUACUUUCCCGUCUCUGGCCCCAACGGAAAGGGCGACGAGGGCUCUCUCUGCGGCGCCGGGAACGCCACGGACAGUGACCCGACCCACGGGACCAGCGAUUACUGGGAGAGUGUCAAGUUGAUGGGUAUGAGCAAGAGAUCGUCCGUUUCGACCUCCUCGAUGAGAAAGCACUUGGCUCGUCGCCGCGCGCACGGUUUCUAAAUCCGGUUCCUCGGCCGGUUUCCUGGAUAGCUCACCGACACGGCUCUAAUCCUCAGGGAUGAUCCGGCUACGCGGCAUUCGGGUAGCCUUCUAUAUAUGUUUCCUUUCCCUGUUGCACACAACUCCAGCUCUAGUCACUCGUUAGAUCAAAACCGAACCAAAACCGCUCAUUAUAUGUAGUCACUUCACAAUAAUCUUAAUCAUAAUAC